AUGAGGGCAAGCUCCACCACGACAGUUCAUCAACUCAACAAAACAGUUGGCAAAUCGCCUCAGCGAUCUCAUUCGACGCAGCUACCUCACAAACCGCAUGGAUCAGGUGAACUACUACAAAAAGCAAUACGAAACGAUCAAAUCAAACACAGCUCUACUAAAAUUUUGGAUGCUUCACGUUCCAUGGCUCCUCCAAGCAAAAAUAUUCCCAUGGUCAUAGACAAUGGCCCCCCUCAUUCACUCAAUCCUCCGCUGCAUUCACAUAGAACAAACAAACGAUGGGACAACUUCCGUAUAGACUAUAAUCCUGCGGAGUCUAGUGGCAAAGUACAUCAACCACAAAUUCUCAAGAAGCCUAAUGUGUCACCACUCACACAGAUCAAACAACCAUCCUUUCACUCACAAGAUAUAUCGACAGAUCGAAGAUCAGAAGAGACUUCGGUUGUCGAGACGCCUAGAAUACGCUCCAAUGCCCUGUCGCUAAGAAGCAAAAGUCUGUGUCAAUCCAGUCGUCCAACGAAAACGCAUAGCCACGCAUCCAUGAAUACCCUCGUGCCAAUGCCUCGGUAUGAGAGUGAGCUGGAUACAAGUGGUGAAGAAGACGAAAUAUCAUCACUUGAACACAUUGACAGUGAUCGUGCACUCGCUACUGGUGACGCUGAGGAAGUUAAUGCAUCGUCAAACCUGCCGACAAUUUUUCAAAUCGUACAAGACAUUCAAGACUUUCAGAACUUGGUCACUUGCACGAGCCAACGAAGAUCGAUUCCGGCGGCAAACAGAACACAGCAGCGUAUGCUAGAUCUCAAACAGCAUCAAGAAGAGCAAGAGGCACUGGUGGUCACUCAGCUGCUUGACCAUGCGGUCAAGAUACAGAAUGAAGCACUCCUCACAGCAUGGACUCUGAUAAGACUCCGAUUUUCUAAUCAUAUAGACGAAGAUCUGAAGUCUACUUUGAGUUGUACAGCAGGUGUACUAGGAAGUAUACAAAGGCGGCCGUUGAGAUCACAGAAGAAGGCAGAGCCAAAUUUAGUGAGGCGGGAGGACAAAGACGAGUACCUCAAGGAAAUGUGGAACACUGAGUUUCACGAAAGGUUUGAUGGGAACUUAGAGCCUAAUACCAUUAUAGAUUACGACGAGGAAGACAUUUAUCUGGGUGAUAGGCGGAAGCUAAACAUGUCCCACAUGGCGCUGAGAGCACACAUCUCCAGAGAGCAGAGUGAAGGUUGA